AUGUGUUCUCACGAGAUUGAUGCAAGCUCCCCUCCAUAUCCCCUCCGAGCGCCCAAGCCGGUAGGGAAGCGGAUUGCCCGGCUGGACAAGGACCGCCUUGCGCAACUAUAUUCUCCAGGACAGUGGGAGAACGUCAAUCUUCUUGCCAUGCUAAAUGAAGGGGUAUUCUCUGGCCCUCCUCAUAUCGAUCUAUUUGUUUGGCAUGCUCCAGGUAGCAAACGCCCUACUUUCAAGGAAGCCACAGAUCCAUCCAAUCACUAUGAAGAUGCAGCUUUGGGUCAGGAGUUUGGACCCUCGUGGUCUACUCACUGGUUUAAGGUCUAUAUCCAACUCCCUGACACAAUAUGCAGCAAAGAGCAUGUCGAGUUGCACUGGGACUGCAAUAAUGAAGCUACUGUCUGGACAGAGGACGGCAGGCCUCUUCAAGGUCUUACUGGGCGAGGAGAGCGCACCGAGUGGAUUAUCCCAGCUUCUUUCAAAGACGGAAAACAACAUCUCAUAUAUAUUGAGAUGGCGUGCAACGGCAUGUUUGGAAAUGGCCCAGGCCGACCGAUCUUCAAAAAUAACCCCGGUGGUGAUUCUAUUCAGCCGCCUGACCAAAACAAACAUUUCGCUCUAUCAAAGGCGGAGAUUGUGGCUGUGAACUGGGACGCGAGGAUGCUUUACAUGGACAUAAUGGCUAUUCACGACGCUGCUACCGUGUUACCAGAGGAAUCUUGGCAACAACAUAAAGCGCGGAGUGUAGGCACUAAAAUCAUGAACAAUUUUAAGCUUGGCGACGACGCUUCGAUCAUCCGCUGCCGCAAGAUUGCCGAGGAAUUUCUUGGGACAAGGACGAACUCAAGUGAGAUUUACUCGACUGGUCAUCAGCAAGAUCCAGAUAUUUUUGCGGUUGGACAUUGCCACAUCGAUACAUGUUGGUUAUGGCCUUGGGCGGAAACCAAGAGAAAGGUCGCUCGGUCAUGGCUCAAUCAAUGCGACUUGAUGGACCGAUAUCCUGAACUAACAUUUGCAUGCUCGCAAGCUCAGCAAUUCCAGUGGCUUAAGGAAGAGUACCCCUAUGCUUGGGAACGGGUGAAACAAAAGGUUCAAUCUGGUCAGUUCCAGCCGAUUGGUGGCUGCUGGGUCGAACACGACACGAAUCUGCCCAACGGAGAGUCGCUCGUGCGGCAAUUUCUUUACGGGCAGCGAUUCUUCGAAGCAAAUUUUGGCACUCGUAGCCGUGUGCUCUGGCUGCCGGAUUCCUUUGGAUUCUGCGCCCAACUUCCACAAUUGUCCAGGCAAGCCGGAAUGCCUCAUUUCCUCACACAGAAGAUAUGUUUCAACAAUAUCAACCAAUUUCCGCAUACCACGUUCAACUGGGUCUCACUCGACGGAAGUCAAGUCCUUUGCCAUAUGCCUCCUGUCAAGACCUACACUGCAGAAGGUACUGUUUCUGAUGUUCAGCGAUGCGUCACGAACCAUCUCUCCAUGGAUCAGGACCACACUUCCCUCAUGGCCUUUGGAAAAGGUGACGGUGGCGGUGGUCCAACCUGGCAGCACUUAGAACGGCUCAGACGCUGUCGUGGUGUAUCAGAUACGGUCGGUCUACUACCCCGAGUGCACGUCGGAGGGUCUGCAGACGACUUCUUCAAGAGACUUGAGCACAAGGCCGACCUAUUUCCAACCUGGACUGGUGAUCUGUACUUUGAGCUGCACCGUGGUACAUAUACUACCCAAUCCAGUACCAAAAAAAACAACCGGAGAGCCGAAUUCAUGAUGCGAGAUAUUGAGCUUCUCGCUACAGUCGCCUCGAUAGCGGAUACCUCUUACAAAUACCCAAAGACAGAGAUUGACCAAAUGUGGCAGAAAAUUUUGCUCUGUCAAUUUCACGACUGCCUUCCAGGAACCGCGAUUCGAAUGUGCUACGAUGAUUCGGACCAGGUCUAUGAGAACGUGUUCAAGACAGGUGAGAAUGUUAUUCAAGCCCUCUACCAGCGCUUCAACCUGGACUCACCGGAGGCCAAUCCGCCGGAGCCUCAACACACGGUCGCUGUCAAUACACUUCCUUGGCCUCGCAAGGAGAUCGUUGACUUCUCGGAAGACUCCUGCCUAGUGGCUUCGGGUAGUGGAAGUUUAGUAGCCCUCGAGAGACUCUCUUCAGUGUCGACGGAAAGACCCGUCACGGUUCACGAGGUCUCUGCCGGAGUUUUCAAGCUCCAGAAUGAGCAACUAUCUUUGACUGUCGAAAAAGGCUGCAUCCUGUCGCUGUACGAUCGGAAAGCUGACCGUGAGAUUAUCCCACGUGGUAAAAAGGCCAAUCAAUUCGUCAUAUUCGAUGAUAAGCCGGUUUAUUGGCAAGCUUGGGAUGUCGAAGUCUAUCACCUCGACACUCGAGAGGAAUUAGCAAGCUCCAUCACUUCUGUGACGGAAGAUAAAUUUCACCGUGUCAGUGUUACUACCGAAACAAAAAUCAGCGACAGGAGCUCUAUGCGAGUUACUAUCUCAUUAUCGGCGAAUUUUAAUGAAACCGAUUAUUCUUGCAUCGAGUGCACCGCGGACAUUGACUGGCAUGAGAACAUGAAGUUCCUUAAAGUGGAGUUCCCGGUCGACAUUCGCAGCACGGAGGCAUCAUAUGAGACACAGUAUGGAAUCAUCAAGCGUCCCACCCACUACAAUACCUCAUGGGAUAUGGCCAAGUUCGAGGUCUGCUGCCAUAAAUUCGCUGAUCUUUCUGAACAUGGGUAUGGUGUCUCGAUUCUCAACGACAGCAAAUACGGAUUCGCGACAGUCGGCAACGUCAUGCGCUUAUCUCUCUUGCGAUCGCCCAAGGCACCCGAUGAUACAGCUGAUAUGGGCAAACACACUAUUCGGUGGGCAAUCAUGCCACAUGAAGGUGGACUAAGUUCAAGAACCGUUCGAGCAUCAUUCAACUUCAACAACCCGCUCAAACUCCUCCAGGCCAAGUCGGACACUCCUUUGCUCGGGCAGUUCCCUGUUACUUUGAGUGGCGAUAAGAGUCUUGUCCUAGACACCAUCAAGCGUGGUGAGGAUGACGAGGAUAUCAGUACUGGAGAGCUCCCCGCUCGGAAGGGCAGAAGUGUCAUUCUACGAAUCUACGAUUCUCUUGGUGGUCGAUCGCGGGGGACGGUACAGACCAUAUGGACAAUCAGCAAAGCAUUCAAGACAAAUCUGCUAGAAGAUGACGAAGAAGAGAUUUCAGUUAAGGGGGGAGCAUUUAGAGUUGACUUGGGGCCAUUCCAGGUUGGGACUUAUCGUCUCUGCUUAGCCGAUUAA